CAUUGGGGCAGAAUGGCAACUCUAUUGCGAGUGAGUUCCCUGUGCAGGGCUAAUAGAGCAUCUGCCUUUAAGUCUCUCCUCAUUAGACCGGUACCAUGUUUGACUCAAGAUCAUCAUAUGGUUCAGACAUCUCAAAUACAUACUUCCCCAAAUCAUCAUGCGGGAUCAAAAGCUGCUUCUAUGCACUGGACCAGUGAGAGAGCAUUAAGUGUUGCGUUGUUGGGACUUUUGCCAGCAGCUUACUUAUACCCUGGGGCUGCCAUGGACUAUUCAUUGGCUGCAGCAUUGACUCUCCAUGGACACUGGGGACUUGGACAGGUGGUAACAGAUUAUGUUCACGGGGAUGCAAAAAUUAAGAUGGCCAACACCAGCCUUUUUGCCUUGUCUGCGUUGACAUUUGCAGGCCUUUGUUACUUCAACUACCAUGAUGUAGGCAUUUGCAAAGCUGUAUCUAUGCUUUGGAGUCUGUAAAUGGUCACAAGAUGAUUGUAUUCCUCCACUGGCAUUUUAUUUAUAUCUUAAAGGGCAGGCAGUAACAAAAAUCAUUCAUGUCAAGCCUGUAAAUUGAAAGUUAAAAUCAUUUGCCAGCUGGAGUGUAGUGCAUUUUUGUUAUUUUAGGGGAAGUACAGUUUAUUCUUUUGUCUGGAAGAUGGUCAUUUAUGUUGACUGUCACAGGAUUAAAGCUGUGUGAGCAAGUAAACUGAUUUUCCUGGCACCAGAGCACUUAAAGUAAGUUUCUAUUCAAGGAAUUGCAGUGCACUAGUGGGUAUUGCCAUUUUUUGCCUCAUGGCGUGCAUUCUGUUAGAGGCCCGAUCUUGCAGCCACCAUGUGAAACACUUCAUUUAAUUAAUUCAGACUUCUUAUAAAUGUUGCUUCUGGUUUAUUCCAUAAAUUUAAUUGGCUGUAAUGUAGAUGCUAUUCUAUUGCAAGCCUGUCUUUCAAAAAAACAAAACUACAACAAAAAACACACCCAAGAUUUGUCAUAGUCAAGUGUUUUACCAGGCUGAUCUUCAUAACACAUGCUGGCUACCUACAGUUGCUUCUGACUUAAUCCUUUAAUUUUUACAUAUUUUCUGUAUCUAAUGAUCGGAUUCUGACAAUGUAAUAAAAUAAAGAACAUUAAAUUA